AUGUCUGGUGGUGGCAUCAACGAACUCGUUCUCGUCAGAAAGACGAGCCAAGAUCACCGAGUCUGCUCCCUUGACGUACAGUCUGAUUUUUCCGUCCGGACACCUGAAAAUGGCACUCAUCCGUUUUCUCGUGGAGUUGAACUCGCAAAUGUUCAAGAGCUCGUAGGUGAGUUCUUGGCCGUCAACCAGGAUGCUGAUGCUGGAAGGUUUACGGACAUUGAACUUGUAGCCCAACAUGGCAGCUCCUUCCACGAGAGCACCUUCGUCUGGAGACGCAGCCUGGUAUUUGAUGAUGUCACCUCUAACCUCAGGAAUGACAGUAUGACAGGCUGCUAA